AUGACGGAGGAGUACUCGGAGACGCAGCUCGCCGAGUUCCGGGCUGCGUUUGAAGCAUGCGACACCGACCGUAAUGGGGUGCUCCUUCCGGGAGAGCUGGGUGCUGCUCUCGAGGCCAUGGGCCAGGCGCUGGAGCCCGACGCCCUCGCCUCACUCUUUGACGUACUUGACGAAGACAGGUCGGGUGACCUCAACUUUGAAGAGUUUGUCAAGGGCAUGGGCCCGGUCCUUAUUCAGCUGGGCGUUGUCUCGGCCCCUGCUGGUUCGUCAGCAGGCGAGGCUGCUGGUGAUGCAGGCGGCGGUGACGACGACGAUGCUCCCUUUUCGCCUGCAGAAAUGGCCAAGCUGAGGGCUAUCUUUGAAGCCUGCGACGCUGACGGCUCAGGUGAUGUCGACAAAGACGAGCUCCGCGCCCUCCUUGUCCAGCUUGGUCACGAGCUUGAUGACGACUCGCUCGAUGCCAUGUUCACCGCCAUGGAUACCGACGGCUCGGGCGAGAUCGAGUUUGACGAGUUCCUCGCCGGCAUGGGUAACCUGCUGCUUGGCAAGAUGAGUCCCACCGCUGCUGCCGCUGCCGCACAGAUUCAGUACACCCCCGAGCAGAUCGCCAUCAUCCGCGACAUUUUUAACGAGGUUGACGUCGACGGCUCGGGCGAGAUCGACAUCCACGAGCUCGAAGGCAUCCUCCUCACCCUCGGCCAAGUCCCCGACCCGGCCGAGCUUGAGGCGCUCAUGCGCAAUCUCGACGCUGACGGCAACGGUGCCGUCGACUUUGACGAGUUUCUCCACGGCGGCAUGGGCCAGAUCAUCCUCGACGCCAAGGCUGAGCAGGCCUCGGCCACAGCCUCGCUUUCCGCCGCCAUGACGCCCGAGAUGCGCGCGCUCAAGCUCAGGGCCGCCCGCGAGGCCCUCCCGUCAGCCACCGUCGCCGCCAUAGAGGCUGCAUUCGAUUCGCUCGGCGAUGGUGCCGCGCUCCCGGUCGCCGAGCUCGCUGCCGUCUUUCGCGAGCUCGGCGAAAAGCCGUCGCGCCCCCAGCUCCGCAAGCAUAUCAAGGCCCUUGACCCGGCCGGCACCGGAACUAUUUCCAUCGAAGACUUUCUCAUGUUCCAGGCCCGCCGCCUGGGUCUCAACCGUGGCGCCUCGUCGGCCUCGCUCCUCGGCCGCUCCGCUGGCGACGAAGAGAUCUCCACCGAAGACCUCUCGCCCGAAAAGGCCUUUGAGCGCAUCCAGGAGCUCACCUCGUCCAACACGGCACUCAAGGAGAAGAUUGCAAACCUCGCCUCCGAGUUUGCCAUGCUCCGUGAAAAGGGCUCGCAGACCGAAGAGCGUCGUCAAAAAGCCGUCGAUGACUUUAAUGCUCUCAACGCCUCGUACCUCGAGCUCCGCAAGGAGCUCCGCACCAUCGAAGUUCUGAACAAGGAAAAGCGCGAGCUUCUCACUGAGCUCGAGAACAAGCAAGCCGCCAUUUCGGAGCUCACCACCUCGCUCGAAACCUCGUCCAAGGAUGUGGAGAAGCUCCGUGAGCAGCACCGCAAGAAUCUCAAGACCAUUGCCGAGUACCAGGACGAGCUCUCCGAGGCCCAGAACGCGCUGCUGGUCAAGGACUCGGCCCUUACCGAACGUGCCGACCAGGAGGAGCAGAUCAAGUUCCUCAAGAAGCGCAUUAUGGCCAUGGGCGCCGAAAACGCCGAGCUCCAGGAGCGCCUCUCCACUAUCGACCAGCAGCAGUCGGCCAUCGACGAGCUGAAGAAAACCCUCAAGGAGACGUCCGAGGAGUACCUCAACUUUAAGACCGCCCACCAGAACGUUGUCCUUGACGCUGCCUCGGCUGCUGCCGCUGCUGCCUCCUCCGCCGCUGGCUCCGACGCCGCCUCGCUUCGUGGCGAGCUCGAAGACCUCGGCGAGUCGGUCGUCGACGUUCGCGCCGAGCGCAUCGCCAAGCUCGAGGCUGACAUCAACGCCCUCAACGGCGAGCUGGCCGACCGCGAUACCGCCCUCACCCUCGCGCGCACCACCAUCGCCUCGCUCGAGGACAAAGUCGAGGCCGCAAAGGUCGUCAGCGUCGAGCUUGCCACGCUCAAGGUUGCCCACGAGGAGGCCCUCUCAUCCAUCACUUCGCUCAACGCCGACCUCGACGCCCGGUCUGCCUCGCUCUCGGCCACCAACGCCAAGCUUGUGGCUCUCCAAAAGGACACAGCCCGCCAGGCUGCGCUUGACAAGGAGACCAUUGCCGGCCUCGAGGCCCAGCUCGAGCGCCUCAAGGCCACCUCGGCCUCUCUCGGCGACUCGCUCUCUGAUCAGGUCACCCAGCUGAAGGACCAGCUCGCCGCCGCGCACGCCGAGACCGAGGCCACCCGCGAGGACAUGCGUUCGCUCACCGCCGACCUCAAGCAGGCCGAGUCGGCCCUCGCUGCCUCCACUGCCCGCAUCGAAAAGGCCAAGGCCGCGUACAACGAGCUCAAGGCCGAGCUCGAGGCCGAGCGCGCUGCUUUCGAAACCGAGCGCGAUAGUGCUGCCGGUGUGGUCGACGAGGCCAACGCCCGCCUGGCCAAGUCCAAGGCCAAGUACACCACCGCCAAGGAGACCAUUACCCAGCUGCUUGCCGACCAGGAGGCGCUCUCGCGCGAGCGCGACGUCCUCGCCGGCGGACUCGAGAAGAAGGCUGCAAAGCUGAAGGCCUUCAAGGAGGAGCUUGUCAGCAUCUCCGGUCGCCUCGAAGAGUCCGAGGCCCUCGUUGCCGCACUCUCCGAAAAGCUUGCCGCCGACAAAGAGAAGCGCAAGACCCAGGUCGCCGCCCUCUCGACAGAGCUCGAGACAGCCAACGCUACCGUAGCAACCAAGCAGGCCCGCAUUGAGGAGCUCGAGGCCCUGCUCGCGGCGUCCAAGGCCGUCAAGACCGAGCGCGACGACCUCGCCGCUCGCCUCGAGGCCGCCACCGCCCAACUCGGCGCCCUCGAGGGCUCCGGCACCGAGCUGCAGAGCCAAGUCGCCGGUCUCACAGCUUCGCUUGAGGCCGCCAAUGCGCUCGCCGCCACCCAGACCACCACCAUCGAGUCGCUGCAAGGCGACCUAGCGACAGCCCGCAGCGACGCCGACGCUGCGGCUGCGGCUGCUGCUGCUGAGCUGGAAGCUCUCCGCGGCGCGUCUGGUGACCUCGGUGAGGAGCUCUCCAAGCUCAGCGCCCAGCUCGCAGCCUCGGAGGCCAACGUGGCGUCAAUGACUGCCGAGCGCGACGCCGUCCGCGCCGAGUUUGAUGCCCACCUCGCCGAGUGCAGCGCCCAGCAGGCAGAGUCGGAAGCUGCCCUUGCUGCCCUUGCUGCCGAGCGCGACGCCGCCGCUUCCAAGACUGCUGAGCUUGAAGCCGCGCUCGCCGCAGCCACCGCCGCUGACUCAGACGCCGUCACCUCUCUGCAGCAAAAGGUGUCUCACCUUACCGAGCAAGCCGAGACGCUUGAAGUUGAGCUCAAGACCGAAGUUGUGGCCAAGACCACUGUCGAAGGCGAGCGCGACGACGCGCUCGCCAAGCUCGCUGAGCUCGAGGCUGCGCUCGCCGCCGAACGCGCCAAGCGCGAACAGCUGGAAGCAUCGUCAGCUAUGUCGGCCGACGAGCUUGCCGCCAUGCAGGCCAAGCUGGAUGCCGAGCGUGCUGCCGCUCAGGCCCGCCUCGCCUCGGUCCAGGACUACGCGCUCGAGGGCGCCGACGCUGCCCUCGUCGUCUACAUCAACGGAGUGCUCAAGGACGAUCCAUCUGUUGCCCACCUCCUCCCGCUCGGCCUCCGCGCCCUGGAGGUCGCCACAGCCACCAUCGACGGUGUUCUCCUCUGCAAGCUUCUCAAUGCCGUCAAGCCGGGCGCUAUUGACGAGCGUGUCAUCAAGCUCCGCGUUGCCGACGAAGAAGACAUGAUCGAGAACAACCAGCUCUGCCUCGCCUCUGCCCAGGCCAUCGGCGCCUCAGUCUUUUCCAUCAAAGCCGGCGACAUUCAUCAGGGUAAGGUCCCGGUCAUUCUCAAGCUCGCUCGUGAGAUCGUCAAGGCCGGCCUCCUCUCCAGCAUCUCGAUCACCUCGCACCCUGAGCUCCUCGCGCUCAAGCCGCGGUCCAUGGAGCUCAAGAAGUUUUCCCGCAUCCCACCCGAGGAGCUUCUCCUCAUGUGGGUCAACCACCACAUGAGCGCCGGCGCCGGUGCGUCUUCGUCAUCCGCUGCCGCCGCCUCGGGUGUGACCGGCCCCGAAGUUGCCAAUUUUGCCGACGCCCUCGCCGACGGCCGCGCCAUCGGCAUCCUUGUCGCCAAGCUCUUUGCCGACAGGCUCGCUGCCUCAUCAUCGACCGAGGCCAAGGCGCUCGCCGCCGACCCUGUCAGUUUCCUAGACUCGGCCACGUCUGACGCCGCGCGCUGCACCGCUGUUGUCGCCGCCCUCGCCGCAGUCGCCCUGGUCCCGUUCGCCUCGGUCGAGAGCCUGACCUCGAGCGCCACAUCAGCCAACCUGCUCACUCUCGCCAUGCUCUUUACCCUCAACACCGGCCUUGAGGUCACCUCGGGCCAGGAGGAGGAGAUGAAGAAAAUCACCAUCACCGACGUGGAGGGCACUCGCGAGGAGCGCAUGUUCCGUCUCUGGAUCAUGUCGCUUGGCAUUGAGAAGGAGGUGCGCGAGCUCGACGAGGACUUUAAGGACGGCCUGGCCAUGCUCCAGAUCGAGGAUGCCAUCGAGCCGGGCAUUGUCAAGUGGGCCAAGGUCAACACGACCAGGCUCAACGCUUUCAAGCUCGUCGAAAACUGCAACUACGGUGUGUCGCUGGCAAAAUCGCUCAAGUGCGUUGUCGUCGGCAUCGACGGUCAGGACUUUGCCCGCGGCAAUCGCAAGCUCACUCUUGCCAUUCUCUGGCAGCUCAUGCGGUUUAACGUCCUCAACAUCAUCCGCAACCUCAAGUUUGAGGGCCGCGAGGUCUCCGACGACGACGUACUCGCUUGGGCUAACGACCGUGUCGCUGCUGCGGGCAAGGCUUCGUCCAUCCGCUCGUUCAAGGACCGCACCCUCAGCACCUCGCACUUUCUCAUCGACCUUCUCUACGCCAUCAAGCCGCGCGCUGUCGACUACAGCCUGGUCACGCCGGGCGAGUCAGAUGAGGACGCCAUGCUCAACGCCAAGUAUGCCAUUGGAGUCGCCCGCAAGCUCGGCGCCCAGGUCUUCCUCGUUUGGGAGGACAUCUGUGAGGUUAACGAGCGCAUGAUCCUGACCUUUAUCGGCAACCUCAUGAGUCUUGCCGGCUAG